AUGUUCUAAACGACAUAGCGUUUUUAUUGCCUCAAAACCGAAAACGGUGCGAUUCGGGAGGGCUCUCUUACUUUUCUCGUUUUGGCUUGGAACUUGGCCUCUCUUUCCAGAUUGGAGGCCUCUCUGCAUACGAAAUUCUCCGCAACAAUUUGAAAUGGAAGGUGAAAUGGGUACAUAAAUUAUUACUUUCUUUGUUGGUGUUCUUGUAGUAAGAACGGUUGCCCUUUUCACCUUUUAUUAUCAGAUGGACAAUGCAAUUAUUUUAGCAUUCUUUAGCUACGAUUAUGGUCUAUAAAGAGGGAAAGUUAUAGCUACUUGUAUUAAUUCGGGUUUCAUUGCUUGAAUUCCACGAGUUAUGACAACGGAUUCCCGUGAUUCUUUUGCCUGGAGGAUUUUUAUAGUUUUGCUGUAAUUGUAAAGGUUUAGCUGCUUGACAAUAAAAGGCAAAGGAUAGAGAUUGAGCAUGCAUGGAUCAUUUGGGAAUAAGAAGUAAUAGCUUAGUUGAUUUGGAAAUAGGUGGGAGUUCUAGUGCAAAUGAUGAGGUAAGAGGACUGGGUUCAAGUGGUCAAAAACCCAAGACUGAUAGGUUAAAAAGUGGAUCUCUGAGUUCCGCUCGGAAGAUGAGGAGUGAUGAUGAAAUAAGUUUAAGUGAAGGUGAAUUGAGCUCUAGUGGAAAUUUGGAGAUAUUGGUUGGUGAGAGAGGGGAAAAGGCAAAAACUAGUGUGGAGAAUGGAACAGUGAAGGACAAAAGGAAGAAGAGGAGUGCUAAGCCACCAUUGCCUCCUAGGGGUCCUUCACUGGAUGCAGCAGAUAGGAAGUUACUUAGAGAAAUGUCUGAGCUUGCAAGGUUGAGGCGUACAAGGACUCAACACAUAAAAGCAUUGAAGAAAAAGAGGGCAGAGAAAGCAUCAUCUCCAAGCAGCAACAUUUUCCCAAUGGUUGUCACCAUAGUCUUCUUUGGCGUGAUAAUUUUCCAAGGUCUCUUGGGCUCUCGUGUAUGAUGCCUUUGGAUAUGCUGAUGUUUCAAAUUGCACUGGGGAGGAGUUUGUGUUAGUUUACUUGAGAUGCAGAUCCGGAGUUAUGAAAUGAUGGCAAUUUCAUCGCGUGGCUCGACUUGACGGGGCUCUGGUGUGCAUGAGUACCGUUCUGCUGCUUCUAAAAAUUCUAUGAUUAUCACUGGCAUGAACUUUUUUGGAUGGAGAUAUUUUAUGUAACUCUUUGGCAACUGAAUUCUAGUGUCAAAAUUUUCUUGGACUAGGUCUCUAUCAGUGCGAUUGGCACAUUGUGUUUCGAUGAUCUUGAUUAGUUGGAAUGUAGCAUUUGUUGAGUUUGGCGACUGAAUGAGGGAGUUUUUUUCUGUGAUGCUUUUAUGUGCAAAUUCCUAUAAAAUACUUUCUGACAGUGAAUUGUGUGCAAGUUCCUCGCAAAGUUGUAACUAGCAGGAUUUCUUUUA